CAAUCACAAACACCAACCCAACACAGACCAUCCCUGCUGCAACCGGAGAAAAUGAAAACAUCAAUUUUGAGGUUUUAAGUGGAAACACUGUACUACCAGUAAAUGAUAUGAAGAUAAGAGGAGUAGAUAGGAAUAAACUGAGCCAAGAACUUGCACCAAUGCAGUCUGUCACGCUGUCUGAGGUCAAGGUCACUGUGGAAGUAGAUGCGAGUAAUUGUGUUGUGAUCUCCAAUAAUGGGUUGAGCAUCCGUGUAAAGGCUGGGUUAGGUAUGCAAGUUGGCCUGGUUGAUAGAGUGCUACACAACAAUGUAAGAACCAAGGCAACUGUCGAGUGUGGUGUGGAUACCAUAGAUCUGUCAGUUAACAGCUUUGCACCCUCUGGCACUAUGGAAGCUGAAGCUGGAUACUUUGGGAAGAUGACAUUCGACUUAACAGUGCAGGCUGAUCUUGGUGGCAGUUUCAGUUAUGCUGCUGAGAGUAAUGCUCAUUUUGUGUACACAUUGUGGCUGUCUCUAGAUGCCACAUUGGAUAUGAGCAUGGAUAAAAAUCUCAACUAUGAUCCUACUUCUGUAGCUGCCCUAAAUACUGAACUCUCUAAAGAGCUAACCGCCUCUGGUACAUUUGAUCUGAAUUCUGGUGCUGGUGAUGAAGUCUUGUUCCCAAUGGAGGUCAGUGCCACCUAUUGUGGGAGUGUCUACUUGAUUGUGGAAAUAGAUUCUGGGGACAACCAGGCAGAGUCUGAUGAAACAAACAACUA